UAAACAGUCAUCCUUGAACCGGAAGAUAAACACACCAUGCGCUGACGUCACGCCACCGUCUGAGCAUGAUGGCGGCUUCUGGCGGGUCUCCCGGCCGUCUGGUCCAGUACGUCGUGGUCCGUUCGGACCUGGUCCACAAGCUGUCCUGGCCCCUCGGAGCCGUGAUAACGCAAGCCUGUCACGCCGCCACCGCCGCCAUCCACCUGCACUACGCUGAAGGGGACACGCAGCUCUACCUGGCGGAGCUGGACGCCAUGCACAAAGUAGUGCUUGCGGCUCCAGAUGAGGCCGCCCUCUCUGGGUUAUCAGAGUCUCUGACCCAGGCCGGCGUGGCCCACAAGCUCUGGAUCGAGCAGCCGGAGAACAUUCCCACCUGUCUGGCUCUCAGGCCGUACGCCAAAGAGAAGGUUCAUCCGCUGCUACGCAAGUUCAAGCUUUUCAAGUGAACCACGUCGACUCUUGAGAGAGUCCAUCAAAGAGGACUGCAAACAUGACAGCCAGUAACGGUUUCUUCUGCAUCAGCUGGAUUGAAAUGAGAUGUAAAUGGUCUCCCACGCGGCCCACCAAGCCUGUUGGCUUCAGCAGAUAGGAACGUUAUGUAAAAUAUUGCCUGUACGUUCAAUAAAGGUUAGAACGUGG